GCUUUGGAUCUGGAAAGUCUUGGAUUUGAACCUUUGCUUCACCUCGACUCCUUACUGGCUCAGAGAAUUUGGGCAAGUUACUUACCCUAGUUGGUGUGCCUGUGGCUUGCUUUUGGAGUCUGAAGUAGGUCUUCCUUUUCCAAGAAUUGACAAGCAUUUUGACUUCCUCAGAACUCGUAUUCUCAUAUCUUAAAGAGUAGGAGAGGAGUGGGUCUGGAUCUGGAGCCUCCUAAGAAUUGCUAAAAGGUAACAUAUGAAAUCUCUUGUUCUGUCCUUAUAACUGAGGGGGGAACUGGAGAGGAGAGCUGGAGCCAUUUCCAUUGUAGAACCAAUCAUGAAGGCUGAAAUGUUGGGUUUUUUAGAUUCUGAAUUCCUUUGGAGGCUUGGAGGAUAAAAUAGCAGGUGGUUAGGUGGGGGAAGAAAGUGAAAGAUCCCAAUCACAUGCCAAGGCUAAGGUACAAACAGGAGUGGCUGUUAUCUUGGGGUUGGCAGAAAGAGACAUGUUUACAGUAUGUGUUCUCUGCUUUCCCACCUCCCCCUUCCUCCUGGACUCAUUUGUGUGUGGUCAUGGAACCUUUCAGCCCAUUUUGCAGUUACAUUAUAGGUGACUGAUGUUACAUCAGGCAAUCCAGAUUUCCUCCAUUUACUUGUACCCCAAACUACAGCUCCUGUUGACUUUAUCCUUCUCACUUAUCAAUUCUUCUGCCCUUUCCUGUUUGUUUUUGUUGUUCUGUUUUGUUUUUGUUUGUUUGUUUUUUCCUCCUCAGGUGCUCAAGCACAGCCCAUGGAAGAAGCAUAUGAAGAGGUGGUGAUUAAGGUCAUAUAGCAGGAGUGGACAUGUUUGGAUUUCCAACAGCUACCCUGCUGGACUGUCAUGGAAGAUAUGCCCAGAAUGUAGCAUUUUUCAAUGUGAUGACAGAAGCCCACCACAAAUAUGAUCACUCUGAGGCCACAGGAUCUUCAAGCUGGGAUUUUCAGAAUUCUUUCAGAAGAGACAAGCUGGAACAAAAAUCCCCAGAUUCUAAGGCACUAGAGGAAGAUUCGCCUGGAGUGAGACAGAGGGUCUAUGAGUGCCAGGAAUGUGGAAAAUCCUUCAGGCAGAAGGGUAGUCUAACGUUACAUGAGAGAAUCCACACUGGUCAAAAGCCCUUUGAGUGUACCCACUGUGGAAAAAGCUUCAGGGCCAAAGGCAAUCUUGUUACACAUCAGCGAAUACACACAGGAGAGAAGCCCUAUCAGUGCAAGGAGUGUGGGAAGAGCUUUAGUCAACGAGGUAGUCUGGCCGUUCAUGAAAGACUCCAUACUGGGCAGAAACCCUAUGAGUGUGCCAUUUGUCAGAGAAGCUUCAGAAAUCAAAGUAACCUUGCUGUUCAUAGAAGAGUUCACAGUGGUGAGAAGCCCUAUAGAUGUGAUCAGUGUGGAAAAGCCUUCAGCCAGAAAGGAAGCUUAAUUGUUCACAUCAGAGUCCACACAGGCCUGAAACCCUAUGCCUGCGCACAAUGCAGGAAGAGUUUCCACACCAGAGGGAAUUGUCUCCUUCAUGGCAAAAUCCACACAGGAGAGACACCCUAUCUGUGUGGCCAGUGUGGGAAAAGCUUCACUCAGAGAGGGAGUCUGGCUGUGCACCAGCGAAGCUGCUCACAAAGGCUCACCCUAUGACCACUCUGUUCAAAGGAAGUUCUCUUUAUGAAUUAAGAGUCCAAAAUCCUCUGAGAUAAAGCAACCUAUCCAAUUCUAUGGAAUGAAUGGAGAUUCUUUCAGAAAGACCAUCAAUGGGUAGGGCAAACUGACUUUUCUCCUUUCCCUCAAAUGAGUAUGAAAAAUAAAUGUCUUGUUUAUUAUCAUUAUCA